ACGGCGUGCAGCAAGCACCAUGUGCAAAGCAAUGAUCUCUCAAUGGGACGCUGUAUUCAUUCAGCUACUCACUAUCACACCACACCUCAGUGCUCUUCAUAAUGUUGCAUGCUUGCUUCACCAAAGUAUCAGACCACAAAUACCGGGACAGUGCAAUUACGAAUUGGCUAGAGGUACGACGGCUUAAAAAAAACCAUACGUCUUUUGGGUAACGUAUUAAGAUUUUGGAAAUCCUACGGUUAACAACUCAAGACCCAUUGUUGACAAACGUUGAGGGAAUUGGGCUACAACAACCGAACCAUCUUCUGCAUUUCCGGAAAGUAGCUUUACAUUUCAAAAUAAUGCAUAUGUUACUAGUUAGCGCGCAAUAUUGUGUCAGCAAUUUCAUGAAAUAUCCAAAUUAUUCUGUAGUUUGCCACUGUAAUGAAGGUAAAUUGGUUCUACAGUGAAUUCACAUUAUUUGUAACCCCUCAUAUAAUUUACGUAGAUCACAACGAUACCACCACUCUUCAAGAUACCGGCAAUCGAUUUGCAUGGUGUCUGUCUUCACGCUUCACCAAAGAUUUUCUUGUUGUGGUCUACUGCCCCCAAGUGGUGAUCUGUCGUUUUGCCUGCGGUGGAUAUUCUAAUCUAGAACUAGUCCCAUAGUGCUUUGCCGCAUUCUUACUCAACAUCCUACCUUACAUCAGGGUCUGCUAUGCUUCCAUCCACAAAAGAGAGAGCAGAAAGGAUAGUUUGCAGACUACUGUUACCACACAGGAUGACUUUAGUGUUCGCGUGAACAAUAACUUGUCUUGCCAUUAUCCAAGAACACCAACGUCGCCAUUUACAACGGAUUCGGACAUUGCUCGUUAUUCACCAGUAAAACAUAUUUGCACAAAAGCCGGCGCAGUGCCAGAUGUAUUAAAUACGCCCGCCCGCCCCACGCACGUUCAUCCGGACCCUCAGUCAUGGACGCGGACCAAGAGGAGGCCCAGGGCAUUCUCAGUAUUGCCGAGGAUCUCAGGGAUGACAUGUACGACAGACUCGUCAACGACUUCCUGGGAUCUCAGACCGGCGAGGGGUUGCUACUGGACGAGAAGCCGUGCAAGAACCGCCUGCUGGUGCAAGUGGGACUGCUGAAGGAGGACAACGAGGUCCCGUGGGGCUCCGUCCUGAAAUGGCUGCAGAAGAUCUUCCCCAUGUUCCAGUCGGCGGAUUUCCAGUGUCUCAUCGAGAGAAACAUCGAGACGACUCUGAGCUUGGCCGGGGACGCACAGCACAACUUUCUAGAGACAGACGUGAACUUUGAGUUUGUCGGUGCUAUAUGUGAUAGCAUUGGCAUUGGCAGAACAGAGCUGCUGGAGAUGUCUGACUUCUCCGAGAGAGCCAAAGGCACCGAGAUCACAAACGGUCUGAUGUUAGAGCUGAACAACUUUGUACAGCGAGAGAAAAUUGACACCAUUGUGUUAGUGUCGUGGCUCAAAAACUUUGAUCCGAAUUUCUGUAGCGAUGGCAAAAUUCAGAAGGCCCACAGGCUGCUGAAAACGAAGCUACACACCUUCAUGUCCAAUUACCGCAAUUUCCAGAGAACCAGAUACAGGGCGAAUGGGAUGAAGGACCAGUUCCUUCAAACUCCCUUCGACCUGUACGGCAUCGAAAUCCCAGACGCAUGGGAGGUAGAGAAACCCAGCCCCCGAAGGGGUGGCUGGAGGGGUGGUGGGAGGGGUGCGAGGGGGGGUAGAUGGGGCAAGAAGCCCCUCGGUAGACCUCGCAACAUUAAGGAGGAGCCAGACACCCCUGAGAUAUCCGAGAAGAGGGCGCAGUACACCAUAGUCAGGUCUGGGUCCAAGGGCAAGGGGAAGCGAGGGAAGACAGUCACCAUAAAACAGGAGUAUGAUUCGGAUGGGUAUAACGAGCAAGAACCGGAUCCGGUUCCUGCGUCGAAGUCCGACCCGAACGUGAAAGACGGAGAGUCUCUCACUUUACUUGACGUCUCCAUAAUUUCUGUGCAGAAGCUGUCCAAUGUGUAUGGGGGCAAAACGGAAAUCUCCAAACAGGUCUCCUUGGACCUCCUGAAGAAUCAGUACACCCUAAUGCUCGCAGAGGACACCGGUAUGAAUUACAUGACGGAGGAGAUCAACGCGCUGAGUGACUCGCACAACCUGGUCUCUCCACUAGAUUUCUUACACUACAACACUCAUUACCUCCUGGACAUAUACGACGCCAUCGAGCAACAGAUUAUGUCCUUCGAAAGAGAGAUCGUGAUCUCAACCGGUGAACAGCUAGGGCGGGAUAACAACCCGACCUUCAAGCAUUUCAUGAACUACGAAGAGAGUGCCACGUGCCGCUACAUUCGCAUGGCGUCGGACGUUCUGAGCCCCCACGAGGACGCGAAAAACAACUGCAGGAGGCACUGGCUGGCGUUCUGCAUGGAGCGGAAGAACCCAUCCAGGUUGCCGGCAAACGUGUCCAAUCGCUUCAACAACUACUUCGAAGCGGCGGCUGCCCUUCUUCACCAUCGCUCCGAUGUCAUGCUGUUCUUCUCUGACCUGCAGGCCCUGAACGACGAGCCCAACAUAACCCUGGACAGCAUCAACGACGACGCCAACGACGACGCUAUCCAAGCCCUGCUGUGCGUGCUGGCCGUCAUCUACUGCAAGAUCCUGGGGCCGUACUGGCAGCUCCUCAAGAGCAAGGCGCAGUACGCCCUCUACAGCCGAUACAUCUACUGCCUCUACCAGAAGCUCCUGCUGUGGUCGAGAGACGCCACGACGCUGAUGGAGCCGGAGAUCGCCACCAACGUGUUCCUGCAGGUUCCGCUGCAGGAGGGAACCUUCAGCAAGGUGUUCUCCUUCUGCAGCACCAACGCAGACAACCAGUACGGCAUACUCAUCAGAACCUGCCUGGAGAAAGUGGUGAAGGUCAUCGCCGCCGUGACUGAGGAGAACCUGAAGGACUUUCUCCCCGGAGGGAUCUACUGCCAAGAGCCCCCUCCUGACAUCUCCAAGCAGCUGAAGAACUGCACCUUCUCCCACCUGAUGGGCGAGUAUCCGUUUGGUCAGGCCUUCCCGUACAAGAGCCAAAGACCUGACCAACCACCAGCACCUCCGCCACCUGAGCCACGCAACGAGAUGCUCUUGGGACAGAAGAAACGUUUACCGACUUUACCGAGUGUACGGAAUGUACCGUCUCCGGUCAGGGGUAAAAAGCGGCCGCUGAUGUUACCAGCAAGAGUACCGCAAAAGGAAGAUUUCCCAGAGGCCAACGACCCUGUACCUAACGACACUCGAGAAAGCAUUCUGAGGUCCAUAGAGAGAAAUGGAGGGCCUUGCCACACAAGGGAGGACGUUGAUAAGCUCUUGGUACGCCUCGAAGGCGCUACCCACGCACAGAAGCGCGAGGCUGUACGAUGUGAGAUAGGAUACCAGAAAGUGGUGCUGGGAAUACAGCACAACAACCUCGCUAGCGUCGGCUUCUCUCUCAGCGACAUGGUGGCCAAGUUGAAAAGUGUCUUGCCAAGCGAAGAGGGCAACACGAGCCAAGAGGAAGAGGACACUGAGGGCAGUGAUGACGAUGGCCCUCAGCAGGGCAAUGCAGGACACCAGGCAGAUAGGCAGGACGAAGAGGAGGAGGAGGAAGAGGGUGAUCAUGGCGACCGGCAGUUAAACCUACGGCGCGAAGGACUUCCACUUUACCAACCCUACCGAGCUGAGUUUGACACAGAGUUCUCCUUUUCUUAUAAUUGAUUGUUACACCGAACAAGUUCAAGCUCGAGAAAGUCUUUUUAUUUCCAAGAGUCAAUUAAGAGUAGAAAGUCUGGCAAGAAUAUCAUAUCUUUUUAAUUUCUUUUGAUAUAUAUUUUUAUAUUAGAUUUUCCAACCAUGGUAUGUUGAUCAUUAUGUCAAUGCUGGUGGCCAUUUCAUGAGUAUAUGUCUUGUCCUCUCCUUACUAACAGCAUAUAUAAAGAUAUGCAAAUGUCCUCUGACUGUCACUGCUGCUCCCCUUUUGAAAACGUGUUUAUGCAUACCUUCUUUAUUUUCUCUAUGUUUAUGCCACAUUUUUCCAGUAUAUUUUUGUAUAGGUUUGCUUCCACUAAAAAUAAAAGUGAAAAAGAG